CUGGAAACUGUGCAUCACUAUCUGAGAGUUUUCCUCCCUUUGCACAGUCAGUCUCUCCAUCCCAGAUCCUGCCUCUGCUCGCGUUUCCACUUAUUCACUGUUCAACAAAGGAGGCAGAAUGGGAGCAAAGCUCAGUCGGAAGAAGAGUGAAGCAGGGAUAGGAGGAGAGACAACAGGUCCAGCUGUACAAGAGAUUGGAACAGCUGAGGAUUCACCUGUGGCUGAAAAUGCAGAGCAGAAAUGUUCUGAAGGUGAGGUUCAAGAAGAUAGCAAGCCUGCAGAAGAGAAGACCAUCGGUGAGCCUGGCUCUCCAUCCAGCGUUCUGCAAAGCCUUACACAAGCUGUGGGAGAAAAAGUCAACACAGUCACUGAGCAGAUAGCUGCUCCGGUGGAAAAUGUUGUAAAUAAAGGUAUCGAAGCAGUGGAGUCCGCGUUGGCAUCCGUCAGCCUGAUUGAGAAGGAACCUGUCGCUCCAGAGAAAAAACCUGAACCUGUGGUAGAUCUUGCUGAUUCUGAUGUUCCCCAGGAACCCAGCCUCUUGGAUGACCUCCUGAAAUCUCCAAUCUCAGAAGCCCUCAUUUCUGGAGUCACAAUGGUGAGUGAAGCCAUAACCAGCGGGAUUGUGGAAGACAAAAUUAGUAAUCCUGGACCAGCCGAGAACAAGGAUUUGUUGGAAUGUCUGGAUAAGGUGGAGACGCCCUCAGUGGACCUCCUGGACUGUGAACUGACCAAUGAAUCCACAAUCCCUAACUCGGAUCCAUCAUUCACUUUGGAAGAUGUGGGACAGAAUGCUGUUGACACAGUCAACCUUAUAUAAACCAAUACACUCACUUCUAGAAAACAGCAGCGGCUGGAAGGUCAUUAGGUGCAAGUAUGUCAGAACAACAUUCAAGAAAUUAAUGAAUAAUUACAUGUUUUUUCCUAAGCAUGUAGUCAUGAAAGAGGGUUGUUUGUCAUUCAGAAUUAAAUUGGGGUAGCAAACUGGAUGCACAAUUUCAUAAAACUGUCAUUUUUAUCAUAAACAUUGGCUUUACAAAGCUUUAUUUUAAAGUUUGGACCAAAGUUUAAAAAAAGUCAAUAGAACCAGUUCUUUAAUUCUGAAUUUUACACAACCCUGUCAUAAAAAAGCUGAAAGCUGAAAGUUACAUGUAAAACCAGCCAACUCGGAUAUCUAAUGAACAUUCCUUAUGUUAUGCCUACCAAUUCGUUGACAAACAGCAAACCAGCUUUCUGAUAUCUUUUCUUGAUGGUCUUUUUUCUUCCAAACUCUUGGUGAUUGUGUAUGAACCGUUCAGCCUGUCUCCCACAGGAGAAGAGGAAAAGAAUGUACGUUAAACAAUGAUUGUAGUAAAGAAAAAUAAAGACUGUAACAAUCACAAUAA